AUGGUUAAGGGCGCAAAUGGCAAUCCAGAUGCCGGGCUCCGGAGCCUAGAUCACUACCGGAAUCGACUCCCGCAAUGGCGUUAUGUGCCUCGACAGAAACUCCUGCCUCUGGUGCGAUAUGAGACACCCUACCUGGCUUGGUUUCAAGAGAAGAUUCGUACUCCGACCCUCGAUUCCUAUUUUGCAUUCACCGCCAACCUGGGAACGCAUACCUUUUUCAUGAUCUUUUUGCCGAUGUUGUUUUGGAGCGGUUAUACGAAUUUGGGCCGUGGAUUUGUCCAGGUAUUGGCCUCUGGAGUCUUCUUCAGCGGAUUUAUCAAGGACUUGCUAUGUCUUCCCCGCCCGCUAUCACCUCCGCUCCAGCGCAUUACUAUGUCUGGUUCAGCCGCGCUCGAGUAUGGGUUCCCCUCAACGCAUUCGACAAACGCCGUCUCUGUCGCUGUCUACGUGCUCACUCUGCUCAAUUCGCCCGAUUCGACCUUGAGCAGCCACAUUAAUUUGAUCUUCCAAUGCAUGACAUAUCUCUACGUCAGCUCCAUUGUACUAGGUCGCCUUUACUGCGGAAUGCAUGGGUUUCUCGAUGUCAUCAUCGGUUGCUUGCUCGGAGCUUCGAUAACGUUCGUGCAAAAUUUAUACGGGCCUCUUCUCGAUGACUACGUGUUUUCAGCAUCAGGGAAACAAAUCGCGCUGGUGGUCCUGGUGAUAAUCAUCCUCGUGCGCAUUCACCCGGAACCAGCAGACGAUUGUCCGUGUUUCGAUGACAGUGUCGCCUUUGCAGGGGUAAUAAUUGGAGUGCAACUGGGCUGCUGGCAUUUCGCGAAGUCUAGCAUCGCUUGGUCCGAGCCUUCCCCCGCUACGAUACCGUUCCGGUACAAAGAUUUGGGUCUGAUAAAGACAGUACUGCGCUUUGUCCUGGGUGUCCUCUUGAUUUUCACUUGGAGAGAGGUCAUGAAACCUCUUCUCCUCCGUACCCUGCCUCCAAUCUUUCGAGCGUUGGAGAAGUUGGGUCUCCUGCUUCCUCGGCGAUUCUUUACCAGGGCUUCGCAGUACAAAACUGUUCCAGCUCAUCUAAAGGACCAUGAAGUCCUUCCGUCGUUUGCGGAGAUUCCGUCGAUUUUCACCAAUAUCCGCCAUCCGCGCCGCCGAGCCGUAUCCAUUGGCCCUCAAUCCGAGGCCGAUGUCUACGAGACUCUGGCAUAUCGCGAGAAGCGCAGGCGCGAAAGUUUGUCAAAUAACGCUCAUAAUUACUCAGUCGCCGAAGACGACGGCGACACUGCAAAUGUCUCCAUGUCUGGGACGCAGCCGUCCAAAUCGGCACGAAAGCAAUCCAAAUUGGACGAGUAUGAACAUAUGAUGGGUACUGGCAUCUCGCGCCACAGCCCUGGCGCCAUAGCAGCCAUAGACCGAGAGCCUUCAACCGAACCCUUCCCUGCUUACGAAGAGGAAAAGGAACCGGAUCUUACGGAGGUUUUCUCGCAAGUGAAGAAACCUCGUGUCCGAUAUGAUGUUGAAGUGGUGACCAAACUGGUUGUAUAUUCGGGUGAGUCAUGCCGUUAA